AAAGUCUCAUUCAGUCUCUUCCCUUUUUUGAAACCACUUUAAUUUCCUCUCUAUUUUCCCAUUCUUCUCACAUACAUAAAAAAAAACCCUGUAAAACUCCAUUGAUAGAGAAAAAGAGAAGAAGGCUGAGCUUAAUGGGACUUGAUGAUGCAUGUAAUACAUGCCUUGUUCUAGGGUUAGGCUUCUCAUCGACCCCGGAAAAUCCACCCAAGGCCGAAGAUCAAACCUCCAAGAAGCCACCAGCCAUGGCGGCUCCGGCGGCGAGUUUCGAACCGUUCCUUACGCUUGGUCUUUCCGGUGAGGGCUACAGGGUUACUGUCACCAAAAAGGUUGAUGUGAACAAAGGUGGUUAUCUUCAUCACCAUAAUCAUCCACACCGUGAAGAACUUCUCACCUCCGCCGCCACUGUCACCGCCGGUGAAUUGUAUCGUCAUGCUUCUCCUGAUCCCAGUGCUGCGUCAUCGUUUUCUAGUGGUAGGUUCAAGAGGGAGAGAGACCUUAGCAGCGAAGAAGUAGAUGUAGAGAAGAAUUCAUGUAGAGUUAGCGAUGAAGACGAAGAUGGCGUCAAUGCAAGAAAGAAACUUCGGCUCACGAAAGAACAAUCGGCUCUUCUCGAAGAAAGCUUUAAACAACACAGCACUCUGAACCCAAAUCAAAAGCAAGCUUUAGCAAGGCAAUUAAACCUGAAACCCAGACAAGUCGAAGUCUGGUUUCAAAACAGGAGAGCCAGAACGAAGCUCAAGCAGACCGAGGUGGAUUGUGAGUUCUUGAAAAGGUGCUGCGAGACGCUGACGAAUGAAAACAGGAGACUGCAAAAAGAGAUACAAGAGCUCAAAGCACUGAAAACGGCGGCGCAACCCUUUUAUGCGAACAUACCGGCGGCGACCCUCGCAAAGUGCCCGUCGUGUGAGAGAACUGACGGCGCUGGGAAUCCCAAGAACCCGUUUUCAAUGCCUUCAAAGCCUCAUUUCUAUAAUCACGUCACUGAUCCUUCAGCAGCAUGUUAAUUAAUUUAAGUUUGUUAGAGCGUAC